AUGGCAUCUUCUUAUGAUGAGGCCAUUGCCUUAGAAGAGCAGCCCAUAUAUAGGGAUGUUCCUGAAUUCGAUGGGCUGGUUGAAAAACUCUCAAACAGACUGCUGGAGAUUAACAACAGCCUGAACAAUCUCUCGAGGAAUGUGACUUUCCUGGAGGAGAAACUGAGAGAUAUUAGAUCUCGGGACGAUACCACGGAGGAAGUUUCUUCCACCGUUAACAAGCAUCUGCAAACAGGUAUAUCACUAAUCAACAAAAUCAUGGCCUUCUUCAAGGAGAUAAGCCCCUCCAGUAAGGAGAUCCAAAGUAUAGAUGUUGGUGAUCUAAACGUUGCCCAGAAGUUUGUGAGGGAUAAGCUUGUUCAAAGUACCGCAUCAGCGCUGCGGCGGUUCAAUGAAUUGCAACAGAAGUUCACAGAUUUGGAAGAAAUGUCAAAUGUGCAGGAUGAGCAAGCAUUCGGGCUAAACCAAGAAAGUCAUACUAAUGGGUCAAAUGGCUUCCACCAACAGCAGCUGCAGCAGGAGCAAGAACAGAUAAUCAUAAACUACGAACCUAUAAAUGCUGAAGAGCUUGAGUACCAGCAAAAUCUCAUUGCUGAAAGAGAGACUGAGAUCGAGAACAUUGCCAACGGCGUGGAAGAACUGAACGAGCUUUUCCAAGAUCUUUCAACCCUGGUUACUUCUCAGGGUGAUAUUGUGGAUAACAUAGAGAGCAACUUGUACUCGGUGGCUGCAGAUACGAGGCAUGCACACAAAGCUCUUUUGAAGACCGAGAGAUACCAAAGGAGAUCUAGAGGUAUCUGUCUGUGGAUCAUGAUCAUCCUGGGGGUGGUACUCCUGUUUUUGAUCAUGAUAAUAUUUGCUUGA